AUGGGCAUGGGCCAGUGCCAGUGGAGCCCCUUCCGCAACAAGGUGCCUACGCAGAUGCGAAGGUGCCUGCCUCUCUACAUCACCGUCGUCUGCGUCUUCCUCGUCAUUGUCAACUUUGACUGGAUCCUCGCGAUACCCAAUCCCGCGUCCGUGCUGCGCCGCGAGCCAAAGGCGCCGCCUCUGCCGGGCAGCACAUUUCCGCAGAAGAUCUGGCAGACAUGGAAGGUCGAUCCUCUCAACUUUGACGAGCGCGACCUGGUCACGGCGCGGACGUGGACGACCAUCAACCCGGGCAUGCGCUACGAGGUCGUGACCGAUGCCAACGAGAUGGCCUAUAUCGAGGAUCGCUACGGUCCCAACGGCUUCGACCGUCCCGACAUUGUCGAGUUCUACAAGAUGAUCAACCUGCCCAUCAUCAAGGCCGACCUGCUGCGCUACAUGAUCAUGUACGCCGAGGGCGGCAUCUACGCAGACAUUGACGUCGAGACCAUGAAGCCCUUCCACCGCUUCAUCCCGGACCGCUACGACGAAAAGGACAUUGACAUCAUCAUCGGCGUCGAGAUUGACCAGCCCGACUUCAAGGACCACCCCAUACUGGGCAAGAAGUCCAUGUCCUUCUGCCAGUGGACGUUUGUGGCGCGCCCGCAGCAGCCCGUCAUGAUGCGCCUGAUUGAGAACAUCAUGAAGUGGUUCAAGACGGUGGCCAGGGACCAGGGCGUGCCCCUGGGCGAGGUGCAGCUCGACUUUGACCAGGUCAUCAGCGGCACCGGCCCCUCGGCCUUUACCAAGGCCAUGCUGGAGGAGAUGAACCGCAAGACCAAGGGCCCCAAGGUCACCUGGGACGCCUUCCACAACCUGGACGAGUCCAAGCUCGUGGGCGGCGUCCUCGUCCUCACCGUCGAGGCCUUUUGCGCCGGGCAGGGCCACUCGGACUCGGGCAACCACAACGCCCGCAACGCCCUCGUCAAGCACCACUUCCACGCGUCCAACUGGCCCAGCCGCCAUCCCCGAUACAAGCAUCCCGCCUAUGGCCAGGUCGAGGACUGCAACUGGGUGCCUGAGUGUGUCCGCAAGUGGGACGAGGACACGAGCAACUGGGACAAGUACUCGGAGAACGAGCAGAAGAAGAUUCUCCAAGACAUUGAGAAUGCGCGGCUGGAGCGGGAGCGGCAGCAGCAGGCGUUGGCUGCGCUCCCUUGA